AUGGAUGUAACACGUGCUUUAACUCCAUUUGGGAGGUUUAACCAGAUCAAGGAGGAGAUCUCAUUCUAUAUGAAGUCGGCCUUCGUAUACGAUUUCCUCCAGGGACAUCCUCAUUCCUUCUGCACUCAUUACACAUGCCAAUCUUUCUAUACAUCUGGGGGAGACUCGUUAUUCUCUCGUUCAGUAGACAGCUGGGGCUUUAUCCGAUACAAACAUAACGGGUUCAAGAACGAUAACGAGAUGGAAGCCGUAGGAAAGGACCCUAAAGAAUGCAAGGCCUUUAUGUGGAAACAGGUGGAGGAUAGGGAGGCCAGGUGGAAGGAAGGGUUGAGUUUGUAUAUGCACUAUGACGAACUGGCCAGAGGCAGUUACAAGCAGGAGGUGCUGGGGGACCUGAGUGACCUUAGCGACCUUAGUGACGCGUCGUCAGACGAUGAACUCGCGCAAAAAAACGCAGUAAGGUAG